AUGACAGAACCUGUCAAGCGCUUGGCUCCCAGCGUCACAAUCAGCGACUGCGCGUCCGAGGUCUUUUGCACAAGGUUUUCACCCGAUGGGAAACUGCUGGCUGCUGGAUGUGGUGAUGGAGCCAUCCGAGUGUUUAACGUCCAUGAUGGCAAGUUGUCGUACACUCUGGUUCAACCGCAAAGCAGCCUCGGCUUCGGUUUACCAUGCACGGCCAUCAGAUUCCGCCCUCUCACAAGCGCCACCAAGACCAAAAACGUGCUGCUCGCUGCAAGCUCCAACGGGUCGGUGGAGCACUGGCACAUCACGUCGGGCAAGUGUCUGAACGCCAUCAGCAACAACCAGAAUCAGUUGUAUGCUCUAGACUAUCGCGCGGAUGGAGCCAUGUUUGCUACGGGAGGCAAAGAUCACGCCAUACGAGUCUACGAUGAAGCCACGAAGGCAGAGGUGGCGUGUAUGGACAGUGGCCACGGCACUCUCACUGCAGGCCACUCGAAUCGCGUCUUCUCGAUCAAAUUCGUCCCUGAGGACGACAACACCAUCGUCUCAGGUGGCUGGGAUAACACGCUUCAGAUCUGGGAUGUACGUGUGGGUCACUCUGUGCGUGGUAUCUACGGGCCUCAUGUGGCAGGCGACGCAGUGGACAUGAACACGCGUGGAGAGAUCCUCACGGGCUCGUGGCGUCCUGAAAACCCACUGGAGAUCUGGGACUUUGGAUCGGGAAAGCGCCUGACGACUGUGCCCUGGAACCAGAGUGCUAUUCGCUCGGAGCCCUGCUUUCUGUACACUGCACACUUCUCCAGGUCGAAUACUGGCCAGCAACUUAUUGCUGCGGGAGGUAGUGGAUCAAACGAAGCCAAGGUGUUUAACCACGACUCGAAUAACAAACUUGUGGGAACUAUCGCGGGUUUGAGUCACGGUGUGUUCACUCUCGACUUUGCUGCCUCCGAUGACAAAAUGGUGGUGGCUGGGGCAGAUGCAGCAAUUCGCAUCAUCGACAUCUACGACCACGUUCCAGGCGAAAAGAGCCGUGAACGGCCCACGACUCCGUCGAUCAGAAAUGCUCAUUUGCCACAUGAAAACUUGACUCGCCUGGCUUCUCCUGCUUUAAGCGCUGAAGCACUGAGAGCCCCGUCCUCACCGCUGCACAGGAUGGCUGUACACGAUGCGUAAAGGCAUCGAGUUACAAUCUUUACUUUCUCACAAAAACCGCCAAGGCUAAAAAAUCAGUUGCAUAUUAUAGCACACUUCCGACACUAUCCAUGCCAACUCGAUGAAAAACAGAUUAUUCAAAUACUACAGAUCAUCAAUUUCAC